AUGAGCGGCGAUUAUAACGGUACAAGUAGCAAUGGAGGUAGUGGACGAGAGGGUGGAGGUGCCGGAAAUGGGGGUGGUGGCAAUGUGGGUAGAGGGGACGAGGUGGGUAGCAGUAGUAGAGAAGGGGAUGAGGAGGGCCGUGUAGAAAGAGAGAACGGGGGUAGUUCAGGAGGGCGAUCUAAUACUAGGAAUGUUACAGUAGCGAUUCAGUACUCGUGGCUUAAUGAUAUGAGGAAUCUGGGGGGUGGUGGUGGUGGUGUUGGUGUACGGGGAGCAGGUUUGGGAGGUGGUGAAGACGGGGAUCCUCAGGAUAGGCCGGCAGGUGGUGGACCUGGAGAGAAUGGAGAUACUUUUGUCAUGAGCUUUACAGAUGUUCCAGAUUCGACAUCGUAUGCGAGGUUCCAAGAGGUGAUUGGCAUAGCUGCACAGUUUGCUGUGAGUCGAGUUACGAGGAGGUUUAGUUUGUUUCGAGGUUUGUCAAAGGAAUCAUUUGAGAAAUUACCGCUAAAAAGUUUGAAUGAGAUUAAUGGUGAUAUAUGUAGCAUAUGUUAUGAGGACUUCGAGGAUGAUGCAUCUGUAUGGUCAAAAAGGAAUAGAUCUCUAGAUGGAGAGACGUCCGUUGUUAAGCGUCAGCGGGUUGAAGGUAACUCUACACCAUUGCAGAAUCCUAGUAGAUCUACGCCUUCUGUACAGUCCCCGGAAGCCGCCGAUGCGGGAACGAAUGAGGUCAGUGAGGUUAGUGCUUCUGGGCCUUUUGCACCUGGGGCUGAUGCACCUGAUACUCCUGCACCUGAAACUUCUAACCAAAUGGACUAUAAGCAUUGUCCAACAGAACUACCAUGUGGCCAUAUCUUUGGGAGAGAUUGUAUUUUCAAGUGGACUAAGGAGCAUAACAGUUGUCCGAUCUGCAGGUCUCGCAUUGUUGAGGAUGAGGGUUUGAAUCAUGCCAUAAACGAUUCGCCAGUUGUAAUGGACGAAUUUGAUAGACAAUCCUUCGAAAGAAUAAGGCAAUUAAUAUAUGGAGAAAAUGCUACCAAUGCUGGAAAUGGAAAUGGUAGCGGUGGUAUUACAUUGCAACGGCAUAACGUUAUUGUAAUUCGUCCUGAUUCAGCUGUGUUCAAUGCGAAUAUUCAACGUGAUGAUGCUGUACCCAAUGUCCCUACCACUGAAAGCACUUCCGACGGGGAGGUUGUGGCUCCCUCAGAACACUCACACUCACCUAGGGCCAACGCUGGAGACAGCAACAAUACUACAGCCCAGCAUACACGGCUUUCUGAUGGAAUGGAAGCACUAGGUGUUAUUCCACUGGCUUUGUUCAGUCUAGGUCCUACGGCGAAUAAUAGGAACACGAACGAAGCACCAACCUCCAGUGUUAAUAAUAAUACGACAGAUGCUACUAAUGCAGCCUCCGAUACGAAUUCCAACGGUGGUGGCGCCGAUGGCGCCGGAUCUCUUCAAAUGAAUAGCAAUGACAUUAAUAGACUAUUUGAUUUAAUUGCUAAUCUAACCGGCAGGAUACAGUCACGUAGAACAAGUUCUUCAGAAGACACCACUAUUUCCCUUCCACAAGAACUUGGAAGUUUGAGUGGAUCCAGACCUGAAGCAAGGCCUGGAGCAAGGCCUGAAAUGAGUACCGAAACCCCUCCACCGUCUAACAGCAAUACCAGCAGAUUUGGACUCUUUGAUUUCUUGGGCAGAGGCAGGCGGAUUAGAAACUAUACUCAAAAUAACGGACAACGUUUUCUAGAUACAAUGAAUGAAGGUCGUCGUGGAUCUGCCCUUGGUGGUAGGAACCUAUUUAGUAGCGGUGUUGCCAGCUUUCGUGAUAGAACUGGUGUUAGAACUGUGGAUUUCAACGGAGAGCUACCGCAACCGACAUCGCCGGCAUCCAUUUUAUCUGAUCCGAAUACCAAUACUAAUAAUGAACCUUCUACCGCCAGUAACCAACAACGUUCUGAGGAGACUUCUCCUUGA